UUGGUCAUUAUCUCACCUACCACAACCUUAAUCCUCUUGACAAAUCAAAUAAUUAAUCAUAGAACUAGCUUAAUUGCUGCUAAAAUCAAAUAUGGUGGACUCAAAUCAUCAACAAAUAAAAGUAGUUUCAGAAUGUUUUAUCAAACCCAAAUAUGAAGUUGAAGCUUCAAAACAACCACAUUACUUAGCCCCAGAUGAUCUAAUAUUCUUACCAUUAGACCAUAUGCAAAAGGGUCUACUUUUCCUUGGUAAACCACAAAACAUACAAUCACAUCUUUUGGACAAGCUCAAAAUUUCAUUAUCUCAAUCUCUUGUUCAUUUCUACCCUUUAGCAGGUCAACUUGCUACCCAAAAGUUCCAUGAUGAACAUGCCAUAUGGGUCUAUGUCGACUGCACCACCGGUCCUGGAGCUCGCCUCAUCCAUGCUGUUGUCAACACCAACUCAACUGUAUCCGAUCUCCUUUCCUUCACCGACAUACAUCCGAUUGUACCUUGCUUGUUUGAUCUCGGUGAGAAAGCCGUUAACCAUGAUGGUCACACCAGGCCAUUGUUGUCGAUCCAGGUAACCGAGCUACUCGACGGGGUUUUCAUUGGUUUUACCAUGAAUCAUAGUGUAGCGGAUGGGACCUCUUUGUGGCAUUUCAUCUCGACCUUGUCCGAGAUAUUUUUAGAAUUGAAGGAUGAAAAUCACAGCAAUAAUGUCACUAACAACGAAGCUACCAAGUUCCAAUCAGAUUUGUCCAAUAAUAUCGUAGUCUCUCGAAAACCAAUAUUUUGCAAGCCUUUGCUCCCCGAAGGGUAUGGUCCGAUCAUCAAGUUACCAUACCUCGAACCAGAUGAGUUCGUAUCUAGGUUUGAUCCAGGCGUACUUAGAGAAAGAAUAUUCCAUAUUUCAUCUAAGGCAAUGUCGAUGUUAAAAGCUAAGGCUAACGAAGAAUGCGAAAAUAUUAAUGAUCACAAUGUUAUAUCCUCCUUCCAAGCCUUAUCUGCGUUUAUAUGGAUAUCCAUUACCCGUGUUAGAAAUUUGGAACCAAGUUUAAUGACUAUAUGUCCGUUUCCUUUAAAUUGGCGGGCUCGAAUUACGCCCCCUUUAUCCCAAGAGUGCUUCGGGAAUUACGUUGAAGGAUUGCAAUGUGCUUCCAAGGUAGGCGACCUACUCGGCCAUGGGUUGGGUUCGGCUGCAUUGUUGAUUCAACGAAGUGUAGAGGCUCUAGAUGAUAGUAAAAUCCGACAACGCCUUUGUAGUUAUGUUAAGGCUCCUUUCUUGGCAAAAACAGGCUCUACAUAUUAUGAGCCAAAUGGCGUGUUAUUAGGCGGGUCUGCUAAAUUUGAUAUGUAUGGUCCCGAAUUUGGGCUUGGUAAAGCAGUGGCUGUUUUAGCUGGGUACUCUAACAAGGCUGAUGGGAAGGUAACCGUGAACCCGGGGCGCGAAGGAGGAGGAAGUGUAGAUUUAGAGAUAUGUCUUAAACCGGAGACAAUGAAUGCUCUUGAAUCCGAUGAAGAGUUUAUGAGUUUUGUCUCGGUAAAUUGAUGUACAUGAAAUUUGAUUACAAUUUUUUAAUAUUCAUCUCCCAAAACUUUAAUUGUUUUUUUUUUUCCUUAAUUGUGUUUUUAUUUGGAAAGUCAAUUAUUUAUAAAUUAUCUUGAAAAUAAAUCUUAAAUUUCUUUCUA